AUGGCAAUGAACGAAGCAAAUUCACCGGUUGAUGAAUCCGUUUUCCUCGACGACAAUGAUGAUGGAAUUAGUGUUCACAGCAGUCGAACGACUACUCAUCUGAAACGCAAUGUUGAGCGACCGGAUAAUAACAAUGGUUAUUUUCUUGUUGAAAAAGGUGCCAAAGGUGUUUUCGUCACGGUUAAUCGGCUGAAACAUUUCGGUUUUAUAAAACGUAAGAAUCAACCUUCUUGGCCUGAUGUUUUUGCGCGAGAAGCUUCACUGAACGAUCGGGUCCAUCCAAAGAAGUUCUUUGUAGGUGAUACCUGCAAAUUCGAUAUCAUAAAGACUUCGCGGGGCUACGAAGCCAUUGAUAUUGAUAUUACUGAAAGAAAUAUCAAUUCAAUUAGCAAGUUGGGAAAAAUUCCGAAGAAAAAAGAAACAAACCAAAACCAAACGGAAGUGUCUGGUGAAUUAUUCCAGUCAACAUUAAGACGAGCAAGUUCCCAUAAAACCGAACGGCAAGAUGAUGAAUUCAAAACAGAAGAUAAUAAACGACGAGCCGAAGCUCUGAAAAUUGCACGAAAGGAUGAUGAAUUCAAAACGGAAGAUAAUAAACGACGAGCUGCAGGUCAUAGGAUUGAACGACAAGAUAUUGAGUUCAAAACAGAAGAUAAUAAAAGAAGAGCCGAAGCUCUGAAAAUUGCACGAAAGGAUGAUGAAUUCAAACAGGUGGAGAGAAGAAAAAAUGCGUUAAGAAUACACAACAAUAGAGAAAAAUACAAAAAUAAUUUUGAUACCAUGAAAUCAGACUAUGAAUCAAAAAUAAAAGAAGGGCCUACCCAUAUUUGUAGUUGUUGUGGUGGUUUAUGGUUUGAAUAUUCAAUCAGAGAAUAUACAGUUGAGAUGUUAACAAACAAAGGAUUAACCAAAGAAUUUAUCGACACGGUUUGUUAUCUAAAACAUGCGCUUAUUAAAUUAUGUGCCACUUGUAGAAAGGACAUUAUGUCGAAAAAAGUACCUAAUCUCAGUCUUUCAAAUGGUUUAGUAUUCUAUGAAGUACCAGAUUGUUUAAAAGUCUUAACUGAGUUAGAAGAAAGAUUGAUAUCACCGCGAAUUCCUUUUAUGGCAAUUCGAAGUUUAGGCUUUUGUAAACAAUUUGGUCUCAAAGGCAAUUUAGUAAAUGUUCCCAUGAACGUUGACACAAAUGUGUCAAUAUUGCCUAGAAGCUUUAGUGAUACUCAUACGAUUCAGUUGAAGCUCAUAAGACAAAUGAAAAAUAAAAAUGCUUUUAUGUAUGAAACUAUUCGACCAAAAGUUGUGCAUACCGCUAUAGCAUAUCUUGUUAAACAGGAACUGUAUAAAGAUGAAGGUAUCGUUAUAUCUAAUGACUGGAUUAAGGAAUAUUCUAAUGAAAGAGAAAAUUUCAUAGUGAAUAACGAAGAUAAAAAGGUUGACGUGCAUGAAAAGAUGACAGAAGAUGUUGAUCAAGAUGACGAUUGGAAUGAAUGUGACGACAAGCCAAUCAAUCCAGUUGCUACUGAGACGUUGUUAUAUGAUGAAAGCGAAGAUCGAAAUGAUACUGGUAUUAAGUUUGCUCCAGGAGAGAAUAAUAGACCUAUAUCGAUCUUAAUGGAUUUGAAAGUCGAUGAACUGACAUUUCCAAAAAUCUAUUGUGGAAAACAACGGAAAAUCAAAGAAAAUGUCAAACUGACAUAUGCUAAGAUCGCUAAGUCAGAAUUGAGAAUGUUUGAUAGGAGAUGUGGUCGAGUGUCAAAACUCUUUUUCACAUAUAAGAAACUACAAACAAGAAAAUUUGCUGAUGCUAUUUCAAUUAAUUUGAGAAAAACCAAAAACACGAAAAAUGUAACUGUUGCACAAAUGCUCAAUCGAGAUUACGUAAAUGGAUUAAUACAUGGUGAUGAUGCUUUUACAUUCUUGAGAUUUGAUCGAUCUUCACCAGCGUUCUGGGAAUUGAAAAAGAAAGAAGUUAUGGCCAUGACUAGGCAGUUAGGAUGUCCAACGUUAUUUCUAACCUUAUCAGCAGCAGAAACACAGUGGUCGGAACUUAUUGUCAUGUUGACCGAAGUGUUAGAAAACAAAGUAAUAACAUUAGAAGAAGCAGAGAAUAUGGACUAUGAAAAGAAAUGCGAAUUGAUAAGAAACGAUCCUGUAACUUGUGUUCGCUAUUUUGAACACAGAUUAAAAUGUUUAUGGGAAAUAUUAUCAGCUCCUUGCGGUCCAUUUCAAGAAUAUGAAUUAGUUGACAAAUACGUCCGAAUUGAAUUUCAAGCUCGUGGUUCACCACAUGUUCAUGCUUUGCUUUGGUUAAAAAAUGCACCCAAAUACGAUAAAAAUGAUCCUGAAUCAAUUACGAGAUGCGUGGAAUUUAUUGAUAAAUUGAUUUCUGUUAAUGCUAAGUCAACGGAAUUUUCUGAAAAACUUAUUUGUUUGCAACGUCAUAAGCAUUCAUUUACUUGUAAAAUACGUGUAAAUGGUGAAAUCAAGUGUCGAUUUGAUAUUCCAUAUUUUCCCAUGAGCAAAACAAUGAUUUUGGAACCAUUAGGUGAUGAUGAAACGCUGUCUAGAAAGAAACGUGAAGAAGUCACCUUAUAUAGACAGAAUGUAAAGAAAGAACUUGACAAAAUAUCGAAAGAUAAAGAUAAUGUAUUAACUUUCGAAGAAUUCUUAAAUAAUAUUAAUAUGAAUGAAGAAGAAUAUAUUCAGAUGAUUCGAGCUGGAUUGAAAAAGCCAAAAGUAUUCUUGAAACGUGCUCCAAAUGAGAUUCGAAUCAAUGCCUAUAAUCCACUGAUAAUGUCAUUGCAUCGGGCAAAUAUGGACAUUCAGUUUAUUCUCGAUCCUUAUGCGUGUUUAACAUAUUGUGUUGAUUACAUCAGUAAUUCUGAAAAUGGAACGUCUAAGCUACUACGGGAUGCAUUGAAUGAGCUAAAACAAGGUAAUAAUACAGUCAAAGAACGUCUUAGAAUUAUUGCAAAUAAGUUUUUGAAUUCUAGCGAAAUCUCAGCACAAGAAGCUGUUUAUCAUAUUUUAAGUAUUCCUCUUUCAGUCAGUAGCAGAAGCACAAUAUUUAUUAAUACGAAUAAACCAGAAAAUAGAAUUUCUAUGCUCAAGUCAGAUGAAAUUCUUCAAAAACUAGAGUCUGAUUCAAAAGAUGUUUUUGUUGAAGGUUUGAUUGAUAUUUACAGUAAUAGACCUGACGAGAUGAAAGAUGUCUGUCUAGCCGAUUUUGCUUCGUUAUACAAUGUGUCAAAGAGAAAAAUUGGUAGUACUGAAAUUGUGGAAAAUUCUGAUGAUGAAAAUAACACAGAAGAAGUUGAUGAGAGAGCUAUUGUUUUGAAGAUGAAAAAUGGAAAAGGUUGGAUUAAAAAAAGAACCAAGAAAAAGAUAAUAAGAUUCAGAAAUUUUAAAUUACAUCAAGAUCCAGAAAAUUAUUACAGAGAACAGCUCAUGCUAUUUUUGCCAUGGAACAAUGAGGAAGAAGAUCUCAUUUACAUAAAUCAUGAAGAACAAUUCGAACUGUAUAAAGAUUUAAUUCAACAAAAAAGAUCAGAAUAUGUUCAUCGUGAAGCUAAUGAAUUUGAGAAGGCUUUAGCAGAGAGUAAAGAGAGAGAAAAUGAGAAUGAUAUCGACGAUACAAAUAUCGAGUAUGAUCAAGAUAAGAAUGAAUUUCUCAUCUAUGAAAUGGGAAAUAAUGAAGGCGAUAUAUUUCUCGAAAUGGGUCUAAAUACUCGAAGUGAAAGAGUAGAACAUUUUAAUGUUCCGAAACAAAUACCAAACACUGAAUAUGAAGAAAUGAUGAGAAAUCUCAAUGAUAAUCAAAGAAAAUAUACCUUAAAUGCAAUGAAUUUGAUUAAAAAUAGCGAUAAACAAUUUUUUCAUUUCAUUAAUGGAGGUGCUGGUGUUGGCAAAAGUACUUUGAUCAAAGGAAUGUAUCAGUCAUUGCUGAGAUUCUUCGAUUCACUUCCAGGAUCUAAUCCACAAGCUAUUCGAAUUGCAAUAUGUGCACCAACUGGUAAAGCAGCAGCUUUACUUGACGGAAUGACAUUGCAUUCAUUUUUAAGUUUACCAAUUAAUCAAUGUAAGAGUAAACUUGUUAAACUAGAUAGUGAUCUGUCAAAUAGAAUUGGGGUGAAGUUAAAAGAAUUGCAAUUAUUAAUAAUUGAUGAAAUAUCGAUGGUUGGCUUUACAAUGUUUCAACAUGUCGAUGCACGCUUGCAGCAAAUCAUGAGGAACAAAAAGCCAUUUGGUGGAAUAUCUGUCAUAGUUCUAGGCGAUUUCAAUCAACUAAGACCUGUUGGUGAUAAAUACAUAUUCCAGUAUAACAAUUCAUAUAAUGCUUUAGUAGAUAAUCCAUUAUGGACUCUAUUUGAAUUGUUCGAAUUGACAGAAAUAAUGCGCCAAAAAGAUGAUAAAGCUUUUGCCAUUUCAUUGAGUAAUCUUGCAAAAGGCAUGAUGACAGUUGAAGAUAUUAAUCUAUUUAAGUCACGAAUUAUUUCAACUGAAAAAGUAGAUGUUGUCGAAGAUGCAAUAAGAAUAUUUAGAAGUAAUGCUGAAGUUGAUGCAUACAAUACAAAAGUAUUAGCUAAUCUUAACACCGAAGGCGCAACUGCUAAAGCUUACGAUUUUUGUGUUGGUGAUGGAUUAGCAUCAGUAAAAGAGAAAGUGUUGAGCAACGUGAAAAAGCUCAAAACAACCGAAACAUAUGGGCUACCACUUCAAAUCGAAUUGAAAGUGGGUGCCAAGUAUAUGAUGACUGUUAAUAUUGAUAUCGAAGAUGGUCUAGUAAAUGGUGCUUGCGGGAAAUUAGUUAUGAUUGACUACGGAAAACUUCAGAAAACAAAUGAGGCAGUACCAUGUAGAUUAUGGAUAAAGUUUAAUGAAGAGAAAACUGGUCGAAAAGCUAGAGCUAAUUUUCAAAGUGUAAUGCGAUAUAGAAAUAUUGAUCUCAGUCUUACACCGGUUGAACCCGUUACACGGCAGAUAAAUACAAGGUCAACGAAUUUCAAAGUAGAACGUAAACAGUUCCCAGUCGUUCCUUGUGAAGCUAUGACCAUAUACAAAAGUCAGGGUGGCACUUACGAAAAAGUUGUUGUCAAUUUGAAGAAGGGAAUGACAAGAUCUGAAUUGUAUGUUGCUUGUAGUCGUGCAACAAAAGCAAGUGGUUUGUAUUUGAUUGGAGAUUUCGUUCCACCGAAACCGCCUGAACAUAAUGAUACAGUAGCAAUGAUGUUUAAAGCAAUGAGAUCCGAAAGAAAGAUCCACUUUUCACUUGAAUUUCCUGAAGAAUCACCGAAGGAAAAUAUUUAUUUGAUGUUUCAUAAUGUACAAUCCUUGCAUAAACAUUUUUUGGAUGUCAAAUGUGACAGAACGUUUUUGUCUGCUACCAUAAUAAGUCUUGUUGAAACAUGGACGAAACCUAGUGACAACUUAGAAAUUGAAGGUUUUAAGAUAGUUCACAGACGUGAUUGUCAUGACAUCCGAAAACCAUUUGGUCAAAUUACUUAUUUGAAGAACCAUUUGAAGUAUGAAGUUAUCGCCGAGAGAUAUGAAUAUUCAGGAAUAAAUCAUAUCGAAUAUUCUUCAAUAAAAAUUGAUGAUCUUUGUCUCAUUUCUGUUUACAAUUCGCCCAAUUCGGCAUUUGAUGUUUUGAAGCGGCAUAUUGAUGAAGUCAUUACUGUUUCUAAGCGAGCUUGUGAAAAGAUAGUUAUUGUUGGUGAUUUUAAUAUAGAUUUGAAGCCAAACAAUAAUCAUAAAUUUAUUGAUUAUAUAACAUCGUUUGGAUUUACUUUAAUUAGUCAAUUAAAUAAAAAUUCGACUAAUGCUAAGACACAGAUUGACUAUUGCUUCGCUAAUGUGAAUGACUUGAAAUCUGAUUAUUUUGAAAGUCUAACAAGUUUUCAUAAACCAAUAUGGGUGACAAAACACGAAGUUUUGACUGAACUUCAUCUUGAUGAAACCGAAGACAUUCAUACUAUUAUGUCUUGCAAUAUUGACGAUACUAUAGAUACUGAUCACUCUGAUGCAAUGGAAGUUGAUAAUAAAUUUGCUUUUGAUCACCAUGAAACAGUCGAUGACAACGAACAGAUUGACUUGGAUAUGUCUUUACAACUAGCAGAUCUUAGCGUAAAUGAACCAUCUGAUAUGAUGGAAAUUGAAGAAAACUCUUCCUCAGAGAACUUUGAAAUUAUUGAUUCCAACUCAAGGAAAAUUCUUAAUCGCUUUCUUGUUGAAUUCAACUUUGAUAAUACUAUCGAGACUAAUCAAUUUAUGGGUCAAGUUCGAAUAAUCAGUGAUCUUAUUAAAAAAUCACCGUUUAUAACUAUGCAAAAUAAAGACAAUUCUGUGCGGUUAGAAACAAGAGCGGAGUAUCCUGUUCGAGCAUUCGAUUCAGUUUAUACUCGGACACGUACGACUGGAGACGGAAAUUGUUUAUAUAGUUCUCUUUCGAUAUUGAGUGUUGGAUCUGAGAAACUAACACAUUCGAUGAGAUUGUUGGCAGUUUAUGCAGUAAUAACUAAUAGGAGCUAUUUUCAAAAGCUGUGUAACACACUGGGAUAUACCUUUGAAUAG